GUGUCGUGGACAGAGCGCCUUGCCCGCCAAGGUCGCGGCGUGAGCGCGGUAUAAGAACUACAGCGCGCGGCGACAGGCUACAACCCGCCCGCGCUGCAGACAUGUCUCGACAGGCCAUCCUCCUCGUGCUGGCUGCCUGCGCAGCGCUCUCCGUGGCAAUAACGGAAGAGGAAAUGCACGCAAUUAUUCAUGGAUUAGCUACUCAGUGUGAAGAAGUUUAUCCUAUUACAGAAGAGGACGCUGAGUUACUGCACAAACAUGAAGCACCAAAAAGUCCAAAUGGAGUGUGCUUCCUUACGUGUAUGUUCGAGAAACUAGGAAUUAUGGAGAACGGAGCAUUCAACGCAGCGCACGCGAAGGCGAUAGUGCAGAAAUACACUGCCGAGCAGCCUGACAUACAGAGCAAGAUGGGAGAGCUGUUGGACAUAUGCGAAGGGGAAGUGGGCAGUGGCGAUGAAAAAUGUGGAGCUGGAAUGGAAGUAUUUACCUGCUUCAAGAAUCAUGCUGAACGAUUGGGGUUCAUGCCAGACGCUUAGAAGAUCCCAAGAGAACGACACGAUAGGGAGGAUGAAGAAACGGACACUUACAUUUCCUUCUUAUCCUCUUCAAACAUCUCUACCAAGUUCACUUUACGAUCUACUCGGUCUAUCAUGCUAAUCAUAUGUUGUACAGGUUGUCUGCAAAUAAAUUUAGUUAUGUUGUUACAUAAAAAAACAUGUAAAAAAGUGACAAUAAAAAAAUUUUACUUUUCA